AUGGUGCACGCCGGCAAGGGCGGCGGACGCAUGUUCGUCAAUGCGGCUCGCAUUAACGGCCGCAAGUCCAACUUCUCGCUUCUCGAGUACAUUCAAUCGGAGGUGCGGGCCGGAGAGUCGCCUGUGCCGCCGUGGAUGCCGGCCACGCUGAUCAGCCCGCCCCCCACCAUCCCCAACGUCCCGCACCCCGGUCCCUUGACCUAUCCUGAGGACAAGCUGCGUCAGGUGUGGUUCGAUCGCCAUCCCGAGGCGAGGAAGAUCAAGCUCAAGACCGUCUACGUGGGCGAGCACAGAUAUUGGCAACACCCGGCCACCUCGUUUGUGCACCGACAGAGCAAGCUGAUCAAGAAGGGCUACUCUGAGCAGGAUGCCUAUGACGUUGUCGAGGCCGAGGACAAGAAGGUCAUCGUGUUCAUCAUCACGUUGGUAGCCGCGCGCUACAGGGAGCUGGAGCGGCUGAUGGCGAUCGAGCAGGCCAAGGAACUUGGCUUUGAUGACCUCGAGACGGCGAGGGACCUCCUUGCCCCUCCCGAUCUCACUCAGGCCAGGGAGCGCAUGCUGGAGGAGUUGAUCGACGUGCUCAAGGCUAAGGGCGUUCCUAACGUUGUGCCCGAGCUGCUCCCCAAGGGCAUGAAGUGGCGAGACGUACUGGCGUUCGUCCACAAGUACCCCCAGCACGCCCACUUCUUCAGCCUGGGCUUCAUGGCCACUCAUGCCAUUGAGACCAUGAACCCUGAGAUUGCUGAUGCCUACAACUGGAUUUACGGCGGAGAAGUGCUUCUCGACGACGACAGUGUGCCGCUUGAAGAGCAGGAAGAGCUCAAUGCCUUCUUGGACGAGGAGGGUUUCGAGACGGUCGAGGACGGCGACGAACUGGACCAGCAAGACCUUCGAGAGCAGGAGCGGCUGACUUCGGAGGCGGUCGCCCAGUACGAACCGGUCGUGGCGGGUGCGUCGCUGGUGGAGGAAGGCUUGUUCUUCGACGAAGACGAGGGCGAAGAUGAAGACGAGAGCGAGGCAGCCAGGGAAGAAGAACACGACGAGGAGCAAAGGAUCGCGAUGGUCAAGAAGGAAGGCGAGCAGUUCAAGGCGAUUCUCAAGAGGAUCGAGAAGAUCUACCGCCCCGAGCAGUUCCCCACGACCGCCGACACCCCGUGGGCCGACCUUGUCAACCUACUCGCCCUUCGCCCCCAGGCUCCCGAUGUGAAGCUGGCCCAGGACGCCGAACAGAAGCUGAGGAAGGCGAAUCAGGUCAAGAGGCCCAGUGGUGGCUCGUCCAGGCCACAGAGCCAGCAGCCGAACAAGCCCACCAAGGGAAAGGAGGUCGAGCUGCAGUAG